AUGACUGGGCCUACCAUCAGGAUCAGGUCCCCCGCCCGAUCCCCGCACGGCUUGCCCAGGGCCAUGCCUGAGAAACCCUCCUUUGCCGCCCUGCAGCCGCCGCGCCAGGCCUUCGACGUGGAGACCGCCCCGCUCGUGCCACGGCGCCCAGACGCCCCAAAACCCCUUCCCGACCCCGACUGGGCCUUUGCCUCCCUGCUCUUCCUCUUCCCCGCCCUGGGCGGCUUCCUGUUCGGCUACGACAUUGGCGCCAGCAGCGGCGCCAUCGUGUCCAUGACUAGCCCCACGCUGAGUGGGACGGACUGGUACGCCCUCUCCCCCCUCCUCACCGGCCUGGUGGUGAGCAGCUCACUGGGCGGCGCGCUGCUGGGCUCCGCCGCCGCCUUUGUGGUGGGCGACCGGCUGGGCCGCCGCGGCGAGCUGCUGCUGGCCGCGGGCCUGUACGCCGGCGGCGCGGCGGGUGGCGCGCUGGCGCCCUCCCUGGGCGCGGUGCUGGCCGCACGCGCGCUGUUCGGCCUGGGCAUCGGCUUCGCCAUGCACGCCGCGCCUGCCUACAUCGCCGAGACCAGCCCCGCUCGUGCGCGUGGCCUGUUCAUCUCCCUGAAGGAGGCGGUGGUGGUGCUGGGCAUCCUGGCCGGCUACGCCGCCAGCUACGCCUGGGUGGACGCCAGCGGCGGCUGGCGCUGGAUGCUGGGCGCCGCGACUGCCCCCGCCGCGGCCCUCGCGGCGGGCAUGGCCUGGCUGCCGGAGUCCCCGCGCUGGCUGCUGCUGUCGGGCGCGGGGCGCGGCGCGGCCGCCGCGGCACUGCACCGCACCCAGGGCCGCAACGCCAGCGCCGCCAGCGUGGCCGUCGAGCUGGCGGGCAUGCAGGCGGCGACCGAGGCGGAGAGCCCCCGUGCCGGCGCCGACCCCCUGGGCCUGCGCGAGCUAGCGCGGCCGCGGUACCGCCGCCCGCUGGCCAUCGGCGCGGGGCUCAUGCUCUUCCAGCAGGUCACGGGGCAGCCCUCGGUGCUCUACUACGCCGCCAGCAUCUUCCAGGCCGCAGGCUUCCAGUCCAGUGGCCAGGCCACGGGCGUAUCCCUGGGCCUGGGCCUGUUCAAGCUCGUCAUGACAGGCGUGGCCGUGGCCACCGUGGACCGACUGGGACGGCGCCCGCUCCUCCUGUGGGGCGUGUCGGGUCUGGUGGGGGCCCUGCUCUGCCUGGCCCUGGCUUCGGGGGGGGCGCUGCCCAUCGACCCGGGGCUGGUGGCCUGGACCAACCUGGCGGCCCUCCUCGUCUAUGUCGGCUGCUAUCAGGUCAGCUUUGGUCCCAUCUCCUGGCUCAUCGUCAGCGAGAUCUUCCCACUCAAGGUCAGGGGCCAGGCGAUGGCGCUCGCCACGCUCACCAACUUUUCUUCCAACUUUGCCGUCAGCCUGGCGCUGCCCAGCGUGCGCGAGAGCAUCGGGCCGUCAGCCACGUACCUGGUGUUUGCCGUCGUCGGCGUUGCUUCUCUCGUCACCAUCUACAACAUCGUGCCCGAGACAAAGGGGAAAACCCUGGAGGAAAUAGAGGCGCUCUGGAUGGAGCCGGAUGUCCAGAGGCCGCUGUAG